UGCACGGCAGGAAUAAACACUCUCAGGGUAUAUAUUGCCGUAAGAUAUGACACUUCCAAAAAACAACAACCCCUUCACCACCACCGCCACCGAAAAAGUCUAAUAAAGAGGAACAGCAGUGAAACAUUAGAUUAUUACUUCAAAGUGAGCCAGGAGUUGAGGAUGAGGGCGCAAAUCCAAAAAGUUCCUCAGAUUGUUGAGCUGCUGAAGAAGAAGUCCGUGGGACUGCAGCACUUCAAGCCAACAUCCUCAGUGUGCGUCUUGGAAGAGAAGGAUGCUGUGGAGGCUGCGCGAUGCCCUUACACUGCUUCACGGGCACAGAGUUUGAACGAAAUCCCGGGACCCACAAACUGGCCCCUGGUCGGCAGUCUUUUUGAACUCCUGCGGAAAGGAGGUUUGACCAGACAGCACGAGGCACUGGUUGAUUAUCACAAGAAGUUUGGGAAGAUUUUCCGGAUGAAACUGGGCUCCUUUGAAUCGGUCCACAUUGGCGCACCUUGCUUGCUGGAGGCGCUAUACAGGAAGGAGGGCAAUUACCCUCAGAGGCUGGAGAUCAAACCCUGGAAAGCAUACAGAGACCUCAGAGAUGAAGCCUACGGACUCCUCAUCUUGGAGGGGGAGGACUGGCAGAGGGUGAGGAGCGCCUUUCAGCAGAAACUAAUGAAGCCGACAGAAGUAGUGAAACUUGAUGGAAAAAUAAAUCAGGUCUUGGUGGACUUCAUAGACAGAAUUGGGAAAAUAAAUCACAAUGGGAGGAUUGAGGACUUGUACUUUGAGCUGAAUAAAUGGUCGUUUGAGACCAUUUGUCUCAUUUUAUAUGACAAACGAUUUGGUCUGCUGCAAGAGAAAGUCAACGAGGAAGCCAUGAAUUUCAUCACAGCUGUGAAAACAAUGAUGAGCACAUUUGGCAUGAUGAUCGUCACACCAGUGGAACUCCACAAGAGCCUCAACACCAAAACCUGGCAGGACCACACUGCAGCAUGGGAUCGUAUUUUCAGCACAGCCAAAGUCUACAUCGACAAGAAGCUGAAAAGGAACGCUGACAUAGCCCCAGAUGAUUUGGUCGGUGACAUCUUACAACAAAGCUGUCUCACCAAAAAAGAGCUAUAUGCAGCUAUCACAGAGCUACAGAUUGGAGGAGUUGAAACAACCGCCAACAGCAUGCUGUGGUUUAUUUUCAACCUGUCACGUAACCCCAGUGCUCAGAAGAGGUUGCUGGAGGAGAUCAGAGAGGUGGUGCCUCCCGACCAGGACCCCUGUGGAGAGCAUAUAAAGAGCAUGCCCUACCUCAAGGCCUGUCUUAAGGAAUCUCUGAGGUUGUCACCGUCAGUCCCAUUCACCAGCCGGACCCUGGACAAAGACACUGUGUUGGGAGACUAUUCCAUUCCCAAAGGAACGGUGUUAAUGAUUAACAGCCAUGCACUGGGCUCCAAUGAGGAGUACUUUGAUGAUGGCAAGCAGUUCAAACCAGAGCGCUGGCUGAGGGAGAAUAGCACCAUCAACCCCUUCGCCUACGUUCCCUUUGGCAUUGGAAAAAGGAUGUGCAUCGGUCGGCGGCUAGCAGAGCUACAGCUGCAGCUGGCCAUGUGCUGGUUGAUCAGAGACUAUGAGAUCGUACCAACAGAUAACGAGCCGCUCGAUGUUAUUCAUUCAGGGCUUUUGGUUCCCAACAGAGAACUGCCGGUUGCCUUCAUUAGGAGAUGAGGUUUCAUGUUCAACGUUUGCAGACAUAGCAACAGCGAGAUGAUGCCCCUGUUGCCAUGGUCCGAGAUGGUCCAGUGACUCCCUGCUUUGCUGCUCUGUACAUAAAAAAAAAAAAAAAAUGAGUAUAAUUGUGCCAUGAAUACCUCAAGCUUAUUUAAACUAGUAUGUAUAGCUAUUAAUGACUGACUACAAUACCAGUUAUGUGCAAAUUGAAUGGUGUAUCAAGGCAGCUGCCCUUAACUCUUCCAUCUAAUACAUGUGAGAUGUAGACAUUAAACUAUAACUUUGUACUAUUCUAUGUACUAUGUUUGUGUGUGUGCAUAUAUAUAUAUAUAUAUAUAUAUAUAUAUAUAUAUAUAUAGGUCAUGCAUACUGUAUGCGUGUGUUUUUAUAAUGUUUAAUGUAUAUUAAAAGUGCAAUUAUAAUUGUAUUUUUAUUAAUGUACAUUGGUUUUUUGCAGAUGCAUAUUUUAUUCACUUAAAUAAAUGCAUUAAUAACUGCAUCAAA